UGGGUGGCAGGCCUCAUGGGGACCCUGGCUUUGGCCCCCGGUGGGCCGGCCAGACCGGCCAGAAAGCAGGGGGGCAGGGCCCUGGUGCUCCAUACCGAAUCCUCCACGUUGACACCCUGUGGCAUGCCCUGUGCUCUGGCUGCCUGCCGGGUGACUGGAGCCGAAUGUCCACGUUGGGGAUGCCUGAGAGAGGGCGGCUGGAAAUGCUGGAUUCGGUCUGCAGCCUUCCAGGAUGUUGGACAGAGAAAUGACAACCUCUUAGUCCUCACGGUGGCCACAAAGGAGACUGAGGGGUUCCGACGCUUCAAGCGUUCAGGCCAGUUCUUCAACUACAAGAUCCAGGCGCUGGGCCUGGGGGAAGACUGGAAUGGGGAGAAGGGGGCGUCAUCGGGUGGAGGGCUGAAGGUUCGGCUGCUGAAGAAAGCUCUGGAGAAGCACGCAGACAAGGAGAACCUGGUCAUUCUCUUCACAGACAGCUAUGACGUGGUGUUUGCGUCGGGGCCUCGAGAGCUCCUGAAGAAGUUCCGGCAGGCCAGGAGCCAGGUGGUCUUCUCGGCCGAGGAGCUUAUCUACCCUGACCGCAGGCUGGAGGCCAAGUACCCGGCAGUGUCCGAUGGCAAGAGGUUCCUGGGCUCUGGAGGCUUCAUCGGUUAUGCCCCCAGCCUCAGCAAACUGGUGGCCGAGUGGGAGGGCCAGGACGGUGACAGUGACCAGCUCUUUUACACCAAGAUCUUCUUGGACCCAGAGAAGAGGGAGCAGAUCAACAUCACCCUGGACCACCGCUGCCGUAUCUUCCAGAAUCUGGAUGGAGCCUUGGAUGAGGUGGUGCUCAAGUUUGAAAUGGGCCACGUGAGAGCGAGGAACCUUGCCUAUGACACCCUUCCGGUCCUGAUUCAUGGCAAUGGGCCCACCAAGCUGCAGCUGAACUACCUGGGCAACUACAUCCCACGCUUCUGGACCUUCGAGACAGGCUGCGCUGUGUGUGACGAGGGCCUGCGCAGCCUCAGGGGCAUAGGGGAUGAAGCUCUGCCCACAGUCCUGGUCGGCGUGUUCAUCGAACAGCCCACGCCGUUCCUAUCCCUGUUCUUCCAGCGGCUCCUCCGCCUCCACUACCCCCGGAAACAGAUGCGGCUUUUCAUUCACAACCACGAGCAACACCACAAGGCUCAGGUGGAACAGUUCCUGGCAGAGCAUGGCAGCGAGUACCAGUCCGUGAAACUGGUGGGCCCUGAGGUUCGGGUGGCAAACGCCGACGCCAGGAACGUGGGCGCGGAUCUGUGCCGACAGGACCGUGGCUGCACCUACUACUUCAGCGUGGAUGCUGACGUGGCCCUGACGGAGCCUAAAACCCUGCGCCUGCUGAUCGAGCAGAACAAGAACGUCAUCGCCCCGUUGAUGACCCGCCAUGGGAGGCUGUGGUCGAACUUCUGGGGGGCCUUGAGCGCAGAUGGCUACUACGCCCGCUCCGAGGACUAUGUGGACAUUGUGCAGGGGCGGCGCGUUGGCGUCUGGAACGUGCCCUACAUCUCCAACAUCUACCUGAUCAAGGGCAGUGCCCUGCGGGCUGAACUGCUGCAGACAGACCUGUUCCACCACAGCAAGCUGGACCCCGACAUGGCCUUCUGUGCCAAUAUCCGGCAGCAGGACGUGUUCAUGUACCUGACCAACCGGCACACCUUUGGCCACCUGCUCUCCCUGGACAGCUACCAGACCAGCCACCUCCACAACGACCUCUGGGAGGUGUUCAGCAACCCUGAGGACUGGAAGGAGAAGUACAUCCACGAGAACUACACCAAGGCCCUGGCAGGGAAGCUGCUAGAGAUGCCCUGCCCAGAUGUCUACUGGUUCCCCAUCUUCACGGAGACGGCCUGUGACGAGCUGGUGGAGGAGAUGGAACACUAUGGCCAGUGGUCUCUGGGAGAUAACAAGGACAACCGCAUCCAGGGUGGCUACGAAAACGUACCAACCAUCGACAUCCACAUGAACCAGAUCAGCUUCGAGCGGGAAUGGCACAAGUUCCUGGUGGAGUACAUCGCCCCCAUGACCGAGAAGCUCUACCCAGGCUAUUAUACCAGGGCCCAGUUCGACCUGGCCUUUGUUGUCCGCUACAAGCCAGAUGAGCAGCCGUCCCUCAUGCCGCACCACGACGCCUCCACCUUCACCAUCAACAUCGCCCUGAACCGGGUCGGUGUGGAUUACGAGGGCGGGGGCUGUCGGUUCCUGCGCUACAACUGCUCCAUCCGAGCCCCACGGAAAGGCUGGACCCUCAUGCACCCCGGGCGACUCACGCACUACCACGAAGGGCUCCCCACCACCAGGGGCACCCGCUACAUCGCUGUGUCCUUCGUCGAUCCCUAAUUGGCCAGGCCAGCCACCUCGGACCUCUUCCUCUUUGCCAACAACCACUGCCGGGCAGCACUCUGGGGCGUCGGGGCCCCAGGGAACCUGGACCAGCCUCCAGGCUCUUGACCUCCAUUGCUCUUGGAGCCACCAUCGGAGGGAUUUGGCCGCGAGCCAGAGGCAGAACACACCUCCUUGGCUGGGGCUUUCCUGGUGCUCUGGACCCAGCCCAGGGAGGCGCCCCGUAGUCAGCAGUGCGUGUUCAUUGCUUUGUGGCAACUUGCCCUUUCCCACCCAUCUUCCUGACAUACCCAGUCCUCUUUGUCUGCUUCUUCCAUGGGGCGGGACUUGAGCAGAACAAGGGCUUAACCGGCUGCCCAGAGGUGCUCUAGGUGUGAGAAGGAGCCCUGGAGCUUCUCCCGGGCAGAGCUGCAGCCUAGGACUUCUGCUCCCAGCAGACACAGAGACCGGAUCAGAUCCACGCCCCCUCCCUGCCCCCAGGACUGCCGAAGCCCCUUCCUCCGUGGCUCCUGUCGUGGGAGCAGAAUGUUGUCCCCUGGAGAUGAUGACUCAGAAACCUCCCUGGGAGACAGGAAAGGCAUCGAUGCCAUAGCUCCAUCCUCUGCGUGGGGGGAGGGAGUGACAUGUCCGCACACUGCAGUGAAUCACCCUGUCCCGAUGCCUCUGGAGAGAGGGACAGACAGAAACAGGAGAGUUUCUAUUAAAGAUCAUUCACACCACA